CCUAACCUUCCUACCCUUCCGAUCUCUUAUGAUGAAAAUCUCCUAUUACAUACACACAUGAACACCACUCUUCAACUUAAGACAUGGCACAACCUUGUUUGCCAGACGACAUAAUAAGGACAAAUAUACUGCCGCGCUUGAGUAUAAAAUCUGUCACACGAUUCCGCUCCGUUUGUAAGUCAUGGAACUCUCUGAUUUUGGAGCCUGGUUUUGCAAAAGAUCAUCUCUAUUUCACCGCUCGAAACCCUCAAGACGACACUCUCAUAUUUAACAAAUUAGCCCUUACUCUUAGCUAUGAUGACUUUGGUACCAUGAUCACCAGUGCUCACUACGGUGAUAUAGCUCUACUAUCUUUAUCCGAAUUGUCGGAAACUAAGCUGUUGGACGUCACAAGUGCUGAGCUACACAUGCUCGGUUCAAUAAAUGGUUUAGUCUGUCUUUUUCUUGAUAAACAAGAUCAGUUUAUCGUAUGGAAUCCUGCUAUUAGACAAGCUAUGAAAUUCGAUUCACCAAGGAAACAAUUUUUGUUACGCUAUAUGAAAAGAAAAUUUUAUGGAUUUUGUUGGGAUGCUGUGGAAAAUGAUUUUAAAGUGAUGGUAUCUUAUUACAAGAUUGGGAAUCUUGACUCGCCUUUAAGCUUGUACGUUUACUCGUGCAACUUAGGCUCUUGGAGCUCACCGCGUAAUUCUCUGUUUACUGAAGUCUGGUGGGAUAAUCACGGAUUGCCAUCUGCUAUUGUAAGUGGAGUGCCGUAUUGGACAUAUUCUUGGUAUUCUAGGGGAACCAUUAAGUUGUUUAAGUUUGACCUUAUUAGUAAGGAUUUCAGGAAGGUGCCUGAACUUUAUCUACUGGACCAUAAAAAUUUCAUUGUUGUCAAUUUAAAAGAGUGUCUCUCUGCAUUGGUGUAUGAUUACGCUCUUGUUAAUAUUUUUGUAGACGUACAUUGUUUUGAUGAGGGACUUGGUGUUUGGAGUAAGAUGUACCGUGUUGGACCAAUAAAUGGUGAUAUGUUCAGUCGUGGUUGGGGAUUAAUGUACAAUGUCCGCGUAAGUGGUAAAUUGUUGGGCUGUUUUAAGCACAAUGGUGAGAUUGUAUUCUCUGCAAACUGUAAGUACAAGUGCUACCAUCACGAAACAAAUAAAAUUACGGAUCUUCACAACCAGGAGGGGUAUACAGAAGAGUGUUUUAGUUAUAAAGCAAGCCUGUUUUUUCUUGAAGGAAUGAAGCCUCAGCAUCAGGUAGAGCCUACAUUGUGGAAGUAACAGAGGUCUGCGGCAUGAAUGAGCUGGUAUUUUGUUGGAGAAUUACCACCUGAGCUUCCACUAUGAAGAUUAUAGAAAGCGGUAAAUCCAUUAUUCAUUCAUAGAUUAGAAUUUUGUAUCACCGUGAUCUGAGAAAAUGAAUUGGCAGAGCAAUAUUUUUCUCUCGUCAUAGAACCUCCUGUAAUUUUGUCGAUAUUACUUUUAUUAUCUUGUUUGAUGG